AUGAAUAUUUUUCAGUUUCGCUUGAGAGUUUUGAGUUUGCUGAUUUCACUUUCUUAUUUGCUGAGAUGCUUUGGAAACAUUGACGUGCCGGUCCAGUUGAAUGAUGAUGUUCUUGGUUUGAUUGUGUUCAAAUCAGACCUUCAAGACCCUUCUUCUUAUCUUGCUUCAUGGAACGAAGAUGAUGUCAAUCCAUGUUCAUGGCAGUUCGUGCAGUGCAAUCCUGAGAGUGGAAGAGUUUCUGAGGUAUCAUUGGAUGGUUUGGGAUUAUCUGGAAAGAUUGGAAGAGGGCUUGAGAAGUUGCAGCAUCUUACGGUAUUGUCCCUUUCUCACAACAACUUGAGUGGAAGUAUUAGUCCAUCACUUACUCUUUCCAAUACUCUUGAGAGGCUGAAUCUUAGUCACAAUGCUCUUUCUGGUUCAGUUCCUGGUUCUUUUGUGAAUAUGAACUCAAUCAAAUUUCUUGAUCUUUCUGAGAAUUCAUUCUCAGGAUCAAUCCCUGAGAGUUUUUUUGAGACUUGUUCCUCCCUUCGUCACGUGUCUCUAGCUAGUAACAUGUUUGACGGACCUGUUCCUGGCUCACUGUCUAGAUGUUACUCAUUGAAUAGUCUUAAUCUUUCCAACAAUCGUUUGUCUGGUAAUGUGGACUUUAAUGGGAUUUGGUCACUGAACAGGCUUAGGACUUUGGAUCUGUCCAGCAAUGCCUUAUCUGGGUCUUUAACUAAUGGAAUUUCAUUCAUACAUAACUUGAAAGAGAUCUUAUUACAAGGUAAUCAGUUUUCAGGUUCUUUAUCCACUGAUAUUGGAUUCUGCGUCCAUCUUAGUAGGUUGGAUUUUAGUGAUAAUCAAUUCAGUGGAGAACUACCUGAUUCACUUGGAAAACUUAGUUCUUUGAGCUAUUUCAAGGCAUCAAAUAAUUUUUUCAGCGGUGAAUUCCCUCAAUGGAUUGGUAAUCUGACCAGUGUGGAGUAUCUAGAGGUCUCAAACAAUCAGUUCACUGGAACCAUCCCCCAGCCAAUUGGGGAACUGAGAUCACUGUCUCAUCUGAGCAUUUCAAAUAACAAGCUGGUUGGAACUAUUCCGUCGUCAUUAAUUUCCUCCACAAAGUUAUCUGUGAUACAGCUCAGAGGCAAUGGUUUCAGCGGCACCAUUCCAGAGGGUUUGUUUGGCCUAGGAUUGGAGGAAAUAGACUUGUCCCGCAAUGAAUUGAGUGGCUCAAUUCCAGCAGGAUCAAACAGGCUCUUGGAAACUCUCGCCAGCUUGGAUCUUUCAGAUAACCAUCUCCAAGGGAAUAUACCUGCAGAAAUUGGUCUUCUUUCAAAACUAAGAUAUUUGAAUCUGUCUUGGAAUGAUCUUCAUUCACAGAUGCCUCCAGAAUUUGGUCUCCUUCAGAAUCUAACAGUUUUGGAUCUUCGCAACAGUGCCUUGCGUGGUUCAGUUCCAGCAGACAUAUGCGACUCGGGCAAUUUAGCUGUCCUCCAAGUAGAUGGAAAUUCAUUGCAAGGGAAUAUUCCCGAAGAGAUUGGGAACUGUAGCUCUCUUUACUUGUUGAGUUUGUCUCACAAUAACUUGACUGGUUCAAUUCCGAAGUCCAUGUCAAAGCUAAACAAGCUGAAAAUCCUCAAACUGGAAUUCAAUGAACUAAGUGGAGAGAUACCAAUGGAGCUUGGAAUGCUUCAGAGUCUUCUUGCUGUGAACAUAUCAUACAACAGGCUCACAGGCAGGCUUCCUACAAGUAGCAUAUUUCAGAACUUGGACACAAGUUCCUUGGAAGGAAACCUGGGACUAUGCUCACCCUUGUUGAAGGGUCCAUGUAAGAUGAAUGUCCCCAAGCCACUAGUGCUUGACCCAAAUGCCUACAACAACCAAAUAAGCCCUCAAAGGCAAAGAAACGGAUCAUCCGAGUCUGGUCCUGUCCACCGUCACAGGUUCCUUAGUGUAUCUGCUAUUGUAGCCAUAUCUGCAUCCUUUGUCAUUGUAUUAGGAGUGAUUGCUGUUAGCCUACUUAAUGUUUCUGUAAGGAGAAGACUAUCAUUUGUGGAUAAUGCUUUGGAAAGCAUGUGCUCAAGCUCUUCAAGAUCAGGGAGUCCAGCCACUGGAAAGCUAAUUCUGUUUGAUUCCCAGUCCUCACCUGAUUGGAUCAGCAAUCCUGACUCCUUACUCAACAAGGCAUCAGAGAUUGGAGAAGGAGUCUUUGGAACACUCUACAAGGUUCCAUUGGGAUCACAAGGUAGAAUGGUAGCUAUCAAGAAGCUUAUUUCCAUAAACAUAAUCCAAUACCCAGAAGACUUCGAUAGGGAGGUUAGAAUCCUAGGGAAAGCAAGGCACCCAAAUCUAAUAGCAUUGAAAGGAUACUAUUGGACUCCUCAAUUACAGCUUUUAGUAACUGAGUUUGCACCAAAUGGUAGUUUGCAAGCCAAGCUACAUGAAAGGCUUCCUUCAAGUCCUCCUCUUUCUUGGCCUAUAAGGUUUAAAAUUUUGCUUGGAACAGCAAAGGGGCUUGCUCAUUUGCACCAUUCUUUCCGCCCACCAAUCAUCCACUACAACAUAAAGCCAAGUAACAUUCUUCUUGAUGAAAAUUGCAACCCCAAGAUCUCGGAUUUCGGGUUAGCUCGGCUUCUGACAAAGCUGGACAGGCAUGUGAUGAGCAACAGGUUUCAGAGUGCAUUAGGAUAUGUGGCACCAGAGUUAGCAUGCCAGAGCUUAAGGGUGAAUGAGAAAUGUGAUGUGUACGGUUUUGGGGUGAUGAUCCUUGAGCUGGUGACAGGUAGGAGACCAGUGGAGUAUGGUGAAGACAAUGUGCUUAUACUGAAUGACCAUGUGAGGGUGCUGCUUGAGCAAGGUAAUGUGCUGGAGUGUGUGGAUCAAAGUAUGAGUGAGUACCCAGAAGAUGAGGUGUUGCCUGUUCUAAAGCUAGCAAUGGUAUGCACCUCUCAAAUUCCUUCUAGCAGGCCUACUAUGGCAGAAGUGGUGCAAAUACUGCAGGUCAUUAAAACCCCAGUUCCUCAAAGAAUGGAAGUGUUUUGA